UAUCGUUCGCUACGCCUCUUAUAGCAUUUGAACAGCGCGAACAGCCAGAACUUCGGCUCAUCUCAAGCGUGAUCUUUAGUGGCCUACGCCGCUGGCUAUUUUAAACUCCUCUUAUUCAUGGUUUUAUGCUAUCCAGCUACUUAUAGUCAACCAUUCCGGGUCUAAAGUCGUGAGUAGACCCCGUUCCCAAGUCCUGGAAGUUUUCUUCGCGUUCCUAAAACGGCAAACGAAACCGAAACUGCUUUUCGAGAGAGGGUGAGGGCAGAGUUUGGUUGUUUUUCACAUCACGUGCGAUUGCUUUGGCGGCUCUGCGCAAAAUGGCAGAUGCGGAGGUAGACAGUCGGCUGCUCGAUGAUCGCUGCGACGUAAAGCCGAAAAUGCCGGACAACGGCGAAGAAGGCGUCCCGCUUCAAACCGAGUGGACCUUCUGGCUCGACAAGACGGAAGGUCGAGGCAUUUCAGCUGCUGAGUAUACAGCCAGCCUGAAGAAAAUCUACACCGUGAACACUGUGCAGGGUUUCUGGGCUGUGUUUCACCACAUACCAGACGUGUGCGAGCUCGGCUUGAGGCACACCUACCACCUAAUGAGGGGACAGAGACGGCCCCUCUGGGAAGACCCUGAAAACCAGCGUGGUGGCACCUGGCGCAUCCGAUGCCACAAGAAGCACACACCACUGGUGUGGAAGGAGCUUAUAUUGGCCGCCAUCGGAGAGCAGUUUGCGGAAGAUGUGCGGCCAGGCGAUGACAUAUGCGGUGUGUCUGUGUGCGUGCGAGAUAGGGACGACAUAGUGCAGCUGUGGAAUGCUGACGCACGUCUCAGCGAAGGUGCCACAGUGCUGUCCCGUGUGCACGCCCUCUUGCCGCCGGGCGUCACCCCAGUGGCGGAAUUCUACAAACCUCACCAGUCUCGAUUGGCAUAUGAAGGGAGUCACAAGAGGACGUCCCGCUAGUCACUAGUGCUACUACCGUCCACGAAUGCCCACUACUGUUGAUACCAGGUGCCUCUGUAGUCCACUUGUUUCGAAGACUGAGCAUGGCAGCCAGCUUUGCCCUGUUGCGCCACUAUAUAUGGUGUUUACCAAUUAGGUUUUGUUAGCUUGUUAUCAGUCGUACCUAUGUGAAAUAAUGGAACUUAUAUUUUUAGGAUUCCGAGUAUAUUGUCACUAAGACCAAUGCUUUCUUUUGUCGUUCAUGAUGAUUAGUGAACGAAGAUAUUGGCCGAGACAGUGCCAUCUUGUUUGUUCUACACCAUGCCUUUCUUCUUUCUCAUAGAUUUAGUGGUAGCUUCGACAUGCUGCUUGCCUUUAUGGCUUUCGGUUUAGGUACUGGAACAGUGAAGAUUGUGUUGCUGGUAUGGUAGAGGGAGGUCUGGCCAGCGGGGAAGGGGGGAGAUCAAAUAACGCGGCAACAUAGGCUGUUGGUUGCAAUGGGCUUGAUUUCAGUGACUUUGCAUAUGUGUAAAGGCAUUGGUUUUCUAAGGAGUGGCAUAGAAUUGUUUGUUGUACUUAUAUCCAAGGAAUGUUGCUUUACAUUUAAAGGUUCAAGCAGUGGUCUUCCCACAGUAUUUCACAGAAAAAUAACGAGGUCUGUAUGUUCUUAUAAUUUUAAUGUAUUUUAAAUGGUACUAACUGGGGAAUUCGUGCAUUGAUAACAUAAAGUGGUUGUCAGCAACUUUCUUGCUUCUUGAGACUUUGUGGGAAAGUGAACAUACAUAUUGUGAUAGUCCACUUGGUAAUCGUAUCGGACAUUAAAUCUGAUCUAAAACUUAAUACUUUGCUGACUUCAUGAAAGGUGAAAAUUUUAGUUUGCAUCCGUUUGAAUGCGACUGUGAUGAAACAGUGUGGUCAGCCAUGUAUAUGAACAAAGCACUAGUCACUUUUAGUUACUCUUUAGGAAACUCUUUGGAAACUGACAAAGAAAUGUGCCGUGAUUUAUGCUCCAUAGUUUGUGCCACGGGGGAUGUCGCCAUGUUUUGCUCCUGAAUUGCAUGACAUGCAGGCAUUGCAUGACGCUGUAUUCGCGAAAUGUAUUUUUAGUUGUAAACAUGUCUUGGCACGUUUUUUGCGCAUGUGCAACUUUGUCAAUCCCCUAUUUCUUUUUCUCUUUGACUAUCGUCUUGGUAAAAGUUUGUGAAGGCUUAGUAGCCGCACAUACUUCCAAUCAAAACAGUGCAGCUUUGCUCAUUCUACGUUUGCUGCCUGCCGUAAAGAUGUCUCUUAGAAGGGCAGCCUGUUUUGUUCUAGGCACAGUAUUGAGGUGCUUCCAUGAGCUAAUAUUAUAGUUUUUAUUCUUUGAAGUUUCAUGGCUUUUUGCUCUUCACUUCAUGAGUGUUUAAGGAAGUACAUUUGACAAAAAAAGAACAAAAAAAAUCUCAGUGAGAUAUUAGCUAGCUAACAUGUCACGCCCACCUGAUUGCAUGUCAACUUGGGUUAGACAUAAUGCCAAAUUCUUGCCAAAUUCUCCUUCUGUGGUAUGUAUUGGCAGAUGUGUUUUUCACUCUGUGCAUGACAUUGUCUGUAUAUGUUAUGUGCUUGAUGGGCCUGUGCACUUUCUUGCUCUUUUGGGAUGUGUCAUUGUCAGAAAGACACUCGAGUAAUGUAUGAGGCGCCCAUUCAUGGAAAUGGCACCUCGUAAGCACUGGCUGCUGGUUGACCGUGACGCUGAAAGAAUAAGAGAAAAUGUGCAUGACUACACUUAUAGACUCAGCGCUGUUGCCCUUACCUCCAUGCAGUAGUGAAAUGUGCAUUUGUCAUCAUGCUAUCUGACGCUAUACUGAAUGUACAUUGUCUUUCCACCUGUAGUGCCUUGAAUGAAAUGUAUAAAACAUGUCAGUCACUGCCAACAGAGACACCUGCAAAGGGUAGAGCAUGCCCUAAAGUUUAUGUAUGUUACUACUCUAAAUUUUUCGACAUAAAUAGCAAACCAAGUGGUCUUAGAAAAAUAGUCGGAAAUUUUUAAACAGUCAAAGUUCAUUCAUGUGCUGAUAUGCACUAAUUAAAAUACAGCUACCGAACUCCGACAUAUCUCUUCUAUGGCUAUAAGUUGUCGAAUUUAUAGUAUUGCAGAAAAAAAAAUCUUUGUUCAAUCAACUUUAGAGUUGCAAAAAUCUAAGUAAGGUUUACUUGUUUGUGGUGUACUUUUUUUUACAUAUACCACAGACUGUAGCAGGUGGUGUUUAUGCUUUCGCAUUAGAAUGUAAACCUUGUAUGGCUGUUUUUUUAUGUACGUCUUUCUUUUUGCAACACAGUGUUCUGAAUUUUACUUUCAGAUAAAAUCCUUGAUGAAUCACGCUAUGUGUCGAAUAAGCAAGAAUGAUUACAUUUCACCUAGCUUAAAUGCAAUUAAUAUCAAGUUGCAACUGUUGCAAGUUUUAUGCUGUAGUCAUUGGAAUGUAUUACUGGAACAUGCUUGAAAGUGGCCUUUGAUGUAGUUACAAAACUACUGUUCUCUAUUCAACCUUUCAGCUACUUGACAGCCUUCGACUUGUAGCCUUUGACGAUUUUCGCUUUAUUCUCGGCAUGUGCGAAGUGCGCUGGAAAUUGUUUAACUGGCCAAGGGUGUUGGAGAGCACAAAAUGUUAAGGACGUUCGAGCAAUGUUCAUGUUUUUUUUUUGUAUAGCGUUUCAUUGAGCAUUGUGUUUGUAUACAUAGACAAGCAUGUUCCUCCAGUACUGUAAUGUGUAUUUUUGGCCUUCGAAUUGGAGGCAUGUAUAUUCUUGCAAAUUAUGUACAAACCUGUAUAUGCUUCAUCUUGAAAGCGCGCUGGAAUUUUUUUGCAAGUGGCGAUAAUUAACAGCGUUUCCUUUCAAGUCAUUUUAUCAGGGUAGAAAGAAAUAAAGGAAUAUGUUCUAAAAAA